AUGACAACACGACAACAAUACACACUUACACUCACUCGAUCUAAACUACCUGCUCGCCACGCUGCACUUCCUGGCUGCCGUGGCGGCGCCGCCGCACCCAGACCUCGCCGCCGUGUUAGUGAGUGUGACAUAACGACAACACGACAACAAUACACACACUCACUCGACCUAACCUACCUGCGCGCCACGGUGCACUUCCUGGCCGCCGUGGCCGCGCCGACGCAUGCAGACCUUGCCGCCGUGUUAAAUGAGACAGAGAUGCGACUAGAGGAUCGUGUCGCGUUCGCUUGCAUCUACCUGUCGGACACGAAGCUCCACGAGUACGUAAAGCAGACGUGUGACACGCUCAUGGAACAGGGCGAUUUGUCAGGAAUGUUGCUAACGGGAGUGAGCACGGAGGGCGUGUCGCUGCUGCAGCGCUGGGUGGAGUGCGGCGGCGACGUGCAGUCCGCCGCGCUGGUGGCGGCUCGCUGCGCACCGCCGGACCUGCUGCGGGAUCCGCGCGUGCUCAACUGGCUCGAGAGCUACCGCACACUACUGGACAGCUGGCGGCUGUGGUGGGCGCGGUGCGCGCUGGACACGUGCGUGUGGGCGGGCGCGGGUGCAGGUGCGGGCGAGGAGGCGGCGGCGCGGCGCGUGGGCGUGGCCUGCAGCUACUGCGGCAAGUCCGUGGCCGCGCCCGCCGCCAGCGCGCGCGCGCGCCCCGCCCUCGCGCGCCUCCCGCCGCCCGCCGCCAAGAUGAAGCAAAUUUCAUCGUGUCCUAACUGCCGCAAACCAUUGCCCCGUUGCGGCGUGUGUUUGCUGCACCUGGGCACUGGUGCUACCGGUGGUGUAGGCGUGGGAGUGGUGGGCUUGAGUUCUGGCAGUGGCGUGGGAGGAGCCUCGGGAGUGGGGGCGGGCGGCGCGCACUUCGGCGGCUGGUUCAGUUGGUGCGUGGCGUGCAGGCACGGAGGCCAUGCCGCGCACUUGCUUCAGUGGUUUAGCGAACACUCGGAGUGUCCAGUAAGCUCGUGCUCGUGUCGCUGUAGCUCGUUGGACCCACCGGACCACCUUUAA